AUGGAACCGAUGAGCACGGAGAGGUACCCCCACCCUACGCACCCGGAGGUGGGGAGAGCCGCGGCUCAGCCUCUUUACGAUCCGACGUUGGUGGGUCCGGCCGCGCCCGGCCCGCACCGCCUGACGAGGGAGCAGCUCUUUCAUGACAUGAAGGUGCGCGACCUCCUGCUGGCUCUGGGCGUAUCGCCUGGAGGACGCGACGUCAUCUAUUUCCAGGCGCACACCACCAUCGAGACCGCCAUGGCAAAGGAGCGUAUACAUUCAGCCCCCGUCUGGGUUGAGCAGCCCGAACGAGGCUACACUCAGAUCGUGAAGUGGCACUCGUGCAUGGUGGCUCAGAUCGCUGUCUCUGCUAUUCAGGUGGACGUGCAGGACCUGGCGGCCGCACUGUUCUCCCUUCACGGCGACGACGUAGAGUCGGUCAAGAACAGCUUCUUCCAGCGACAAGUGCUUUCCGUCGCCAGUCUGGCGCAGCGCGACCAGAUGCGGCCUGUCACGUUGGACACCAGGGUGGGCGAUGUACUCUUGGCCAUGGUCAACAUCGCUCAUCGUGUCGUCGUGGUUGACGACAGCCGGUUCGAUUCAUCCAAGCUGCUGCACGUUAUAAGCCAGUUUGAUAUGCUUCGAUUUUUGGACAAGUACGCGGCGCAGUUCCCCAUCGACCUCAACACCAUCGAAGCGUACCAGCUCAUGAACACGAACGUCGUUUCUGUGCCACCAACAACCCGGGCUAUUGAGGCGCUGAGCAAGUGCCUGCAGCACAAAUUCAGCGGCAUGGCCAUCAUAGACCCGGCCAACAACAAGUUCGUGGGUCACAUUUCUGUCAGCGACCUGCGGGGCAUCACUCCUACAGACUUCAUUGAUCUCUGGCUGCCGGUAACGCAGUACCUCGAGCGUCGAGGAUUGGCUUCACGUCCUACGAUUUGGUGCCUGCCCGGUUCUCUGUUGCCGGAGAUCAUAAGGCGGAUGAUCGACAAUCAUGUUCAUCGGGUGUACAUAGCCGAUAGGAUAGGCCACGCCGCUGGCAUUAUCACCAUCACGGACCUGCUGGCCUACCUCCUUGCCCGCCUCUUCCCUGGCGAGUGA